CCAUCACGAGCAUUUGGCGUUACAGGACCAGUGAGUCCUUACGUUCUGUCCUUGGGAGAGAAUUGUCUACAACGACUGCAAAGAACCUGCUGAUAAUACCGAUACACCCGAAGACUUCAGAAUGGAGCCGAAGAUCAGCAAAGAUCUGCCUGAUAUUGAGAGCAUCUUGGCGUUGAACCCGCGGGUGCAUCACCACGCCAGCGUCCACUCGACCGCCUUCAAGAAGAAGGAGAAGAAACACUGGAAGAGGAACCCAGAGAAGAGCUGCGAUAGCUGUGUGAAACUGGAGAACAACUUUGAUGACAUCAAACACACAACACUCAGUGAACGCGGAGCACUGCGAGAAGCCUCCAGGUGUCUGAAGUGUGCCGACGCCCCGUGCCAGAAGAGCUGUCCCACCAACCUGGACAUCAAGACCUUCAUCUCAUGCAUCUCCAACAAGAACUACUAUGGUGCGGCGAAGGCCAUCCUGUCGGACAACCCCCUGGGGCUGACGUGUGGGAUGGUGUGUCCCACCUCCGAGCUCUGCGUGGGGGGCUGCAACCUCUACGCCUCCGAGGAGGGACCCAUCAACAUCGGGGGGCUGCAGCAGUUCGCCACCGAGGUGUUUGCCAAGAUGGGCAUCCCUCAGGUGCGUAACCCCCACCUGCCGCCCCCGGAGGAGAUGCCCGCCCCCUACCACACUAAGAUCGCUCUGAUUGGCUGCGGCCCCGCCAGCAUCAGCUGCGCCUCCUUCCUGGCGCGCCUCGGAUACGACAACCUCACCGUGCUGGAGAAACAGCAGUACAUAGGAGGGCUGAGCACUGCUGAGAUUCCGCAGUUCCGUCUGCCGUAUGAGGUCGUGAACUUUGAGGUGGACCUCAUGAAGGAUCUGGGAGUCAAGGUGGUGCUGGGGAAGGGUCUCGGAGUCAACGGGAUGACCUUGACCUCUCUGAAGGACGAAGGGUAUGAGGUGGUCUUCAUCGGCAUUGGUCUUCCCCAGGCCAACAGGCAUAAGAUGUUUGACGGUCUGACGGUGGACCAGGGCUUCUACACCUCCAAAGACUUCCUGCCUCUGGUGGCAAAGGCCAGCAAACCAGGCAUGUGUGCGUGUCGUGGUGAGCUGCCGGAGUUGAAGGGUAAUGUGAUCGUGUUGGGUGCGGGCGACACGGCGUUCGACUGCGCCACCUCUGCCCUGCGCUGCGGUGCCCGCCGCGUCUUUGUGGUCUUCAGGAAGGGCUUCACCAACAUCCGCGCCGUCCCUGAGGAGAUGGAGCUGGCUAAAGAGGAGAAGUGUGAGUUCCUGCCGUUCUUGGCGCCGCGUGAGGUCGUCAUGAAGAACGGGCGCGUGGCGGCUCUGCAGUUCUGCCGCACGGAGCAGACGGAGACCGGUGAUUGGCUGGAGGACGAGGAGCAGGUGGUGCGCAUCAAGGCUGACUACAUCAUCAGCGCGUUCGGGUCCGGACUCACCGACCCCACAGUGAAAGCGGCCAUGGCUCCAGUCAAGUUGAAUCGCUGGGGGACUCCGGACAUCAACACGGACACCAUGCAGACGAGUGAGCCGUGGGUGUUCGCCGGCGGGGACAUCGCCGGAAUGGCCAACACCUCCGUAGAAUCAGUUAACGACGGCAAGCAGGCCUCGUGGCACAUCCACAACUACAUACAGUCGCGUCACGGGGAGGUGGUGUCGAGCGUCCCCAAGCUGCCGCUGUUCUACACGGCGAUCGACGCGGUGGACAUCAGCGUGGAGAUGGCGGGCGUCAAGUUCCCGAACCCCUUCGGCCUCGCCAGCGCCCCGCCCACCACCAGCACCGCCAUGAUUCGCCGAGCCUUCGAGCAGGGGUGGGGCUUCGCACUCACCAAGACCUUCGGACUCGACAAGGACCUGGUGACGAACGUGUCUCCGCGUAUCGUGCGCGGCACCACCUCGGGUCACCUGUUCGGGCCGGGCCAGGGCUCCUUCCUCAACAUCGAGCUCAUCAGCGAGAAGACCGCCGCCUACUGGUGCAAAGGAGUCUCCGAACUCAAAGCAGACUUCCCUGACAACGUCGUCAUCUCGAGCAUCAUGUGCAGCUACAACAAGGCAGACUGGACAGAACUGGCCAAGAUGGCAGAGGCGUCGGGUCCCGAUGCGUUGGAGCUGAACCUGUCCUGUCCUCAUGGCAUGGGGGAGCGGGGCAUGGGCCUCGCAUGCGGACAGGACCCGGAGCUGGUGAGGAACAUCUGUCGCUGGGUGCGUGCGGCCGUGAAGAUCCCAUUCUUCGCCAAGCUCACGCCCAACGUCACCAACAUCGUGGACAUCGCCAGGGCCGCGCACGAAGGUGGGGCGGACGGUGUGACGGCCACCAACACGGUGUCUGGCUUGAUGGGGCUGAAGGCGGAUGGCUCCCCCUGGCCCGGAAUCGGCACCGGCAAGAGGACCACCUACGGAGGCGUCUCUGGUAAUGCCAUCCGUCCCAUCUCUCUGCGUGCCGUGUCCGCUAUCGGCCGCGCGCUGCCUGGCUUUCCCAUUCUGGCCACCGGGGGCAUCGACUCUGCUGAGUCAGGCCUGCAGUUCCUCCACGCCGGAGCCUCAGUGCUACAGAUCUGCAGCUCGGUGUAGAAGCAGGACUUCACGGUGAUCGAGGACUACUGCCUGGGCCUGAAGGCGCUGCUGUAUCUGAAGAGCAUCGAGGAGCUGCACGGCUGGGACGGCCAGUCGCCACCCACCAUCCGCCACCAGAAGGGCAAACCCGUACCGCGCGUAUACGAGCUCGUGGGCAAGAGCCUGCCCAGCUUCGGGCCGUACCUGGAGGAGAAGACGGAGGCGGUGGCCGAGUACAAGAGGAGCCUGAGGGACGCCAACGACAACUUCGCCAUCGACACCAACGACGCCCGAGUCUUCAUCCCCAAGAAGCCCGUGCCAUCCGUCAAGGAGGUGAUCGCUAGGGCCCUGAAGCACAUCGGGGCGUACCAGGAGCUGGACAACAAGGAGCAGGUGCAGGCGCUGAUCGACGAGGAGAUGUGCAUCAACUGCGGAAAGUGUUACAUGACCUGCAACGACUCUGGAUACCAGGCGAUCACCUUUGACCCCGAGACCCAUCUCCCGGUGGUGACUGACAGCUGUACGGGCUGCACGCUCUGCUUCAGCGUCUGCCCCAUCAUCGACUGCAUCAAGAUGGUCACCAGGAAGACGCCAUACGAGCCCAAACGAGGCAUCUACCCCGCCGUCAUCAACCCUGUCUGCUAACGAGGCAUCUACCCCGCCGUCAUUAAUCCCGCCUGCUAACGAGGCAUCUACCCCGCCCUCAUCAACCCCGCCUGCUAACGAGGCAU